UACAUAUUGAAUGUAUAAUUCUUUAUUUCUAACGAAAUACCAAUUCUACUUCAUAUGAAUAUAGACCUUACAUUAUUCAUAUUUACUAAUAGUGUUUAUAUCCUUUAUAAAUGUAUAUAGUUUUAUAUUGAUUUUGCUUAACAUUGUGGUAAACUUCCAUAUCUAUGUACAGUAUCUCAUGGAAAUACCUGCAGUGUAGUGCCUUUAUCUCAAUAAUCAAAAGUCUGAUUAUUAUUUACACAGUGUUUGUUAGAGAAGCUUUACCACAAUUUCUUGCCGUCGGCGCAAAAAACCUCCUACUACUUACUUUUGGUUCCAGUCUUGGAUUUGCUACAAUUCUUAUUCCUGAGCUACAAAAAUCCAACGCAGUCAUCCUAGUUACUCUCGAAGAGAUCACAUGGAUCGGUAGCAUAAACCUUUUUUUAUUACCACUGGGCGGUUUUGCAAGCGGUGUAGUGUCUCAAAAGCUAGGUCGGCGACGAACUAUGAUGAUCUCAACCAUUCCUUUUAUCAUAGCUUGGAUCAUUUUUUACAAUGCUGUGAGCAAUAAUAUGCUCUUUAUUGCACAAGCUUUAACAGGUCUAACUGGUGGACUUUUAGAGGCACCUGUCCUUACAUAUGUUGCUGAAGUCACGCAGCCUCAUCUACGGGGUAUGUUAUCUGCAACUUCGACUAUGGCUGUAAUGUGUGGUGUUUUCACGCAAAUGUUAACUGGAAGUUUAGUAGAAUGGAGAACUGUAGCCCUGAUCAAUUUAAUUUAUCCAAUCCUCUGCUUCAUAUCUCUUUAUUUAGUACCAGAAAGUCCUACAUGGUUGGCAGGUCAAGGUCAUUUUCAAAAAGCUGAAAAAAGUCUUUGUUGGUUACGCGGUUGGGUAAACCCCGAAGAUGUUAAGGAAGAAUUCCAAGAUCUUUGCAGAAACUUUCAAAAAUCAAUUAAUAUGACAUCCAUUCAUUCUAUUACUUUGAAGAAUAAUAUUAAAAAACAGGAAUCAGCGAAAAAGAUAUGGGAACCGUACCUGAAGAAAACUUUUUAUUUACCUUUUUCUAUUGUUGCUUUGACAUUUUUUGUAAAUGCUUUUGGAGGUGUUAUGGUCUUGCAAGUUUUUGCUGUGGUGAUUCUCGAUGAACUUAAAACUCCUAUUGACAAAUACCAAGGCAUAGUGAUAAUUGGUAUAGCCCAGGUCGUUGGUACAAUGAUAUGCGUUUUCAUCAUCCACUUUACUGGACUUAUAAGUUUGCACUUCAUAUUACCGGAAACAGAAGGUAGAACACUUAAAGAGAUAGAAAAUCACUUUGCUGGUGUAUACAAUUUAAAAAACAAUUCAAAUAAGAAAAAUUUGAACUUCAAAGAAAAGUGGGCUAUUGAUAAUCCUCAUACAGUUAAUGAUGAAUUAGAGAAUCGAAUAUAA